GCGCGGCGCCCCGCCCCGCCGCCGGGGGCGCCGUGAGGCGGGGAGCCGCUGCCGCCUGCGGCCCGGCGCGGAGCGCGGCAGCCGCGGAGGCGAGCCGGGCCGCGGCGCCGCGCCGGGGCAUGCGGCGGCCGGCGGGGUGAGCGGCGGCCGGGGAUGCGCGCUGGGCCGCGGCGCCAUGUCGCGCGUGAGCGGCGCCGGGGCGGCCGGCGCCCCCGGCAGCGCCAAGGAGAAGCGCUCCCUCGGCAAGCGGCUGUUCCGCGGGCGGGCGGGCGCCGGCGGCUCGGGCUCGGCCGCGGGCCCGGCGCGCUCGCUCGGCGGCUUCAUGAGCCGCGUGCUGAAGACCCUCUCCACGCUGUCGCACUACAGCAGCGAGCCCGAGGCCGGCCGCGGCCCGCACGCCCCCCGCCUGCCCCCGCCGCAGGCCGCCGGCGGCCUGGGCAGCUGCUUCCAGCCGGGCCCGCCGCGCAGCCCCGAGCCCGAGCCGCCGCCGCGGGCCGAGAGCGGCCCCGAGGCGGUGCCCGGCGUGGCGGGGCUGCGGAACCACGGCAACACGUGCUUCAUGAACGCCAUCCUGCAGUGCCUCAGCAACACCGAGCUCUUCGCCGAGUACCUGGCGCUGGAGCAGUUCCGCGGCGAGCCGCCGCCAGGGCCGGGGCCGGGGCCGGGGCCGGGGCCGCCGCGCAGCCCGCCCGCCGAGGGCGCGGCGCCGCCGGGCGCCGGCGAGGUCACGGAGCAGCUGGCGCACCUGGUGCGGGCGCUGUGGACGCUGGAGUACACCCCGCAGCACAGCCGCGACUUCAAGAACAUUGUGUCCAAGAAUGCUAUGCAGUACCGUGGGAAUGCCCAGCAUGAUGCACAGGAGUUUCUGCUCUGGCUUUUAGACAGAGUUCAUGAAGAUCUAAACAACGUAGUGAAGUACAGUGGCAUGCCUCCUCUGAAGCCACCAUUGGAGGACGAUGUGCUGCUUGAGGGACCAGCCUUUCCAAUCAGCAGCACUUUUGUGCAGGAACUCUUUCAAGCCCAGUACAGAUCCUCUCUGACAUGCCCUCAUUGCCAGAAGCAGAGCAACACCUUUGACCCUUUUCUCUGCAUCUCUCUGCCGAUUCCUUUGCCUCAUACACGGCCCCUCUACGUCACCGUGGUGUACCAGGGGAAGUGCUCGCACUGCAUGCGCAUCGGGGUGGCGGUGCCCAUCUCGGGAACGGUGAACAGGCUGCGGGAAGCGGUCUCUUCGGAAACCAAGAUACCCACUGAGCAGAUUGUGCUAACGGAGAUGUACUAUGAUGGGUUCCAUCGUUCCUUCUGUGAUACUGAUGACCUGGACACAAUCCAUGAAAGUGACUGCAUUUUCGCCUUUGAGACCCCAGAGAUAUUUAGGCCCGAAGGGAUCCUUAGUCAGAGAGGAAUACAUGUAAACAAUAACCUGAAUAACUUGAAAUAUGGCACUGAGCAAUCCCGAACAAUAUCUUACUCGCAAGGAACAGCAAAGUCUGGAAAACUGGAACAGUCCUCUGCUAGACAAGCAGCAAAUGAUAAGAUCGUAUUGCUAGUGUGUAACAGAGCAUGCACUGGACAACAGAGCAAAAGGUUUGGCUUGCCCUUUGUAUUGCAUUUGGAAAAAACAAUUGCUUGGGAUAUUCUGCAGAAGGAAAUUUUGGAGAAGAUGCAGUAUUUUCUGCGGCCUACAGCCUGCAUGCAGGUUUGCCCAUUCAGCUUGCGAGUGGUCAGUGUUGUGGGCAUAACAUACUUGCUACCUCAGGAGGAGCGACCCCUCUGCCAUCCCACAGUGGAAAGGGCAUUGAAGUCAUGUGGACAGGGGGGAACUGCUCAUGUGAAGUUGGUGGUGGAAUGGGACAAAGAAACUAAAGAUUAUUUGUUUGUGAAUACGGAGGAUGAGUAUAUUCCAGACUCCGAAAGCGUCCGCCAGCAGAGAGAGCUUCAUCAUCAACCUCAGACCUGCACUUUAUCUCAGUGUUUCCAACUUUACACCAAAGAGGAACAGCUUGCCCCAGAUGAUGCAUGGCGCUGCCCACACUGCAAGCAGCUGCAGCAGGGUAGCAUCACACUGAGCCUCUGGACCUUACCUGAUGUUCUCAUCAUACAUCUCAAAAGGUUCAGACAGGAAGGAGACCGAAGGAUGAAACUUCAAAACAUGGUUAAAUUCCCCCUGAGUGGCCUGGACAUGACUCCUCAUGUUGUUAAACGUAGUCAGAGCAGCUGGAGUUUGCCAUCUCAUUGGUCACCAUGGAGGCGACCUUAUGGUCUUGGAAGGGAUCCUGAGGACUAUAUCUAUGAUCUGUAUGCUGUUUGCAAUCACCAUGGUACCAUGCAAGGGGGACACUAUACAGCAUAUUGCAAAAACUCGGUUGAUGGCCAGUGGUACUGCUUUGAUGACAGUGAUGUUCAGCAACUUUCUGAAAACGAAGUCUGCAAGCAGACAGCAUAUAUUCUCUUCUACCAGAGACGCACAGCAAUCCCAUCAUGGUCUGCUAACAGCUCUGUGGCAGGCUCCACGAGCUCUUCGCUGUGUGAACACUGGGUCAGCCGUCUUCCUGGCAGUAAGCAGCCCAGCAUUGCUUCAGCAGCUUCAUCACGGCGCACAUCUCUGGCUUCGCUCUCAGAAUCUGUAGAGCUGACUGGUGAAAGGAGUGAAGAUGAUGGUGGCUUUUCAACACGACCAUUUGUAAGAAGUGUUCAGCGUCAGAGCUUGUCAUCUAGAUCGUCUGUCACCAGCCCGCUGGCAGUGAGUGAAAAUGGUGUCAGGCCCUCGUGGUCACUCUCUGCAAAACUGCAGAUGCGUUCCAACUCUCCUUCGCGCUUCUCUGGAGAUUCCCCUGUACAUACCUCUGCUUCCACCUUGGAGAAGAUUGGAGAGGCUGCUGAUGACAAAGUCUCCACCUCUUGCUUUGGCAGCUUGAGGAAUCUGUCUAGCAGCUACUUGGAACCCUGUGAUGGCAGUCGGCGAGAGCACAGGACAGUUCGCAGAGCUCCCUUGGCUGUCAUGGAAGGGGCGUUCAGGGAAGAGUCUGUUGUAAGGACAUCCAGCUCAGAUCUUUUAGAUAGAUUUGGUAAAAGCUCUGUGCAGGGAGACAGGAAUCACCCUGCUUUGGAUGCCUUUGAUAACAACAAUCAAAUUGCCUUUGUUGAUCAGAGUGAUUCUGUGGAUAGCUCUCCAGUCAAAGAGGUGAAAGCCCCCAGUGGCAUGGGGCUACCUCCAGAAAAGGCAGAUGGCACCCCUAAGAAGGCUCACAGCUCCAAGGGAGUUUCUGAGCCAGACAGAAAUUUGAGGAAGGGAAGGACAGUCUUAUCCACCCAAGAGCCUAAAGUCUCUCACUCCUCUCCUCCAUUAAAGAGUUCCCAGAAGGCUUCCCGUUCCAGAAGCAAGACGGACUCUUCCAGGGCCAGUGGGCGACAUGGAUCUCCUGCUCCAAGUCAGGCUAGGAAGGAGCAUAGCACCAAGCCCCAGGAGGUGGUUGUCCCAUCUGCUCAACAGAAACAAAAGUCAGGUUCUCCUCCAUCCUCCGCAGCUGCCAAGAAAACCCCAUCGGGGUCAGUGACUAAGGGCUCUUCUGCUGCAAAGAGCCGGACUUCAGACCGAAGCCUCAGCAGGGAGGGCUCUAAGAUAAGUCUGGGGUCAGAUAAAACAAGUGUUACCAGCAGUUCAAGAACAAGCUCCCCCCGGAUAAGCCACUCCAGGAGUGACAGUAGGGCAGUAGACAGCAAGCAUGUGCGGAGCUCCUCUAUGGCCAACCUGCGGUCUCCAAACGUUGGUAUGCGUUCUGGUUUGAAGAGAGACAGCAAGUCAGAAGAGAAAGGACUGUCUUUCUUUAAAUCAGCCUUACGGCAGAAGGAGACCCGGAGGUCGGCAGACUUGGGGAAGACAACAAUGCUCUCGAAAAAGACAGCAGGUAGCUCUUCCAAGUCAGCCAGUAAAAAUGUGCUGGAGGACAAAUUGGAGAAAGGUGUCAUCCCACCAGCCUCUCAAACCAAUGCCAAUGUUAUUGCAAAAGAAAAGCUUGCCUCAAAAGAGGCCACACCCACCAAACAUUCUCUGCUAUCUAGUCGCAAGUCCAAGUCUUCCCUGCUAGAUCCCGGCGUCCAGUCUCCUUCCAGUGGCAAGCAGUCUGAGAAGUCGCUGAAAAAAUUACCUUCCAGCAUGCAGGUGUCUGUACGGCCUUCUCUGGAACCUCAGUGAGAUGCUGCAAUCCAGGUGUCUUUUCUUCUGCUGAGAAGCUAAUUUAUUCUGAGCUCUUGUUUUUUUGUUCAUGUGCCUAAUGUAUGUUUUGAGGAGAAGUUAACUGCAAGUUGUUAAAGCGCCUUUUGAUUCUGCCAUCAAACCAAAUAGCCACAGGCAGCCAGCACUGAUGCAAGUAGUCUAGCUGGAGUCAUUGUUGAACAUGAAUGCAGCUGUCCCAUAGCACUUGUACAGAAGUAUCUUUAUAGAAAAUGCAACAACUUUCUUCAGAUUCAAGGUUUGAAAUCUGAAACCCGGUUACACUGACACUAGUGUGCUUUGUAGAGCUGUGAACUGAUAUUCCUUUGGUCUUGUUCUGAGCAGGCUGUGUCCACACUCGUGUAUGACCUUGUUCUGAGCUGUGAAGGAUGCUAAGGAAACUGAAAAGGAGAGACUGCUGCUUCUUUAUGCUCUCUCUCAACCCUCUUUCCCUGCUCCCCUCCAUUUUUUUUCAAGCUUUCUAAAGGGCAAUAUCGCAACACUAAUGUUGUUUCUCAGGUAUAUACUCAGCCAGUAUAGGAGGGACUAGCAUUAGUGGAUGGACAAAUCCAGAACGGUACCUCUGUGUCCGUGUGUGUGUGUAAGAGAUUUCUUUUUUUUUUUUCCAUUCCAACAGAAGAAAGUUUGCUUAUAAAGUUGCUGCUUUUUUUGUUGCUGUGUUUAUAAAGAAUUUUACUCUAUCUGUACCUAAGAUGACCUCUACCCUGUCCUUUCUAGCUGCUUUCUCCCUUCUGAAGUAUUACACUAAGCAACAGAAGAAAUAACUAAGCAACAGCUGGUUGCCAGCCAGUAUCUGUGAAAGUACAAGGUGGAAGAUUAUUACAGUACUGUAGGAAACAGCUAUCUUCAUGCGUCAGAAUGAUGGUGAUAGGACCUCUGUCAUUAAACCUCCUGAGAAGAAGUAUUUUCUAAUGUGCUCAGAUGUGUAGUGCUGUGAAUAUAGCAUCCGUUAUCUAUAGGAGUAAUGUUUAGAUAAGUCAAGUGUUGUCUUGUCUUCUCUGCCUUCUCUGAGCAUGCUUUGAACGAGCCUCUUCAUGCAGGUUGGAGGGGCUAUACCAAAAUACCGUGGAGCAGUUUUUCAAAUUUUCUAGCGCAGUGCUGCAUUCUUUUCUUUGGCGUGUAUUUCUCAUGGUCUCUGAGAGGUCUAGCUACCACAGUGUUUCACCAAAACUGAUCUUGGUUCUUGUUUGGAUGACAGUCUCUGUCAGGGUUAAAACACUACAUCUGGUUACAUCUUUGUUUACAUGGUCUUUUUAAAAGGUAGAUCUAAAAGGUGUAAUCUUUUCUAAUUUUUGAGAUUUUUAUUAAUGUGCUGCAUUAUUAAUAACCAUAUCCUUUAUGAACAGCACCAACCUUUCUUGUAGCUCACGACAUACAGCAGCUGGGCAGCGCUCUGUGCACAGUUGUCUUUUGAAUGAGAUCUUUGCCUGUCAUACAGUCUCAUUUGGCUAAGCUUCUUAAGGCAUAGCUUGUGGAUGGCCCUAUUUCUUAAUCUUUUCUGUCACUGUAACAAAUGGCCCUCGGACAAGUAAUUAUCAGCUAGUCCAUUCCAUCUCCUCUCUCGAGCUGACACGUCGGGGACCCUGCAGGAAACAUUGCUCAGAGGUUUGUUGGGGCGCGUUGCUGCUCUUUGAUCACAUCAUCCUCAGCUUACCACGCAUCUGCAACAGGCUUUUAAGACAAGUGUGUUUUGGGUGUAUCUGUCACCUUGGAGAAAGGCAUGUGUAUGUUGAGCUGAACUGUGGGUGCCACAGAGCUCUAUUUAAUGUGCAACUGUGAGCCCAUGUGUAGUAUAACCCCUGUUCUGUCCUGAUUGUAUGUUUUGCAGUACUUUCACACAACCCAGAAGCAAUGCCAGUAGCUUGCAUGUUUUUACAAUACGCUGGACUCUGUGCCCUGGACUAUAUUUUAAAACCUGAACAUGACCAUGUCCUCAGUGUAUUUCUUCUCUCAUGUAUUGUUUCCUUCUCAUUUAAUGCAGCAACAAGAAGCAAAGAUUGUGUAACUAGCUUCUUAAAUGUGUAACUUGGAUUAUUCUUGGAUUAUUUUUUGUUAUAUCCAGCAGAGCAGAUAGGAUUUACUUCAUAUUGUACUACUUAAAUUACUCCCUGAAAUGUUGAUAUUGAAGUAUUUGUUUAAUGUUUUAUCUAUAUUAAGAUCUUGCACCGUGUUGGCUCUUCCCUUGUAACAAUUCUUCUAAAAAGAAUGUAAUCCUGGUAGCCAGCGCUGACUUGGUUUGGUACCUUUUAAUAGACAGAAUGUAGUUUUCUAUGCUUUUUACCAUGGGAUGUUCGUGAAAGGUUACUUUUAUGGAAUGACAUUUCCCUCUCAUGCUGUCAUUCACCGAGCAAGUCUUACACAGUACAAGCUGGAAGCUGGUUUAUGGUUUUGAGGUAGUUUUUGUUCUUGUAUUGCAUGCCUUUACUGAAGGAAACUUGAAGCCAUGUCUGAGUCUGCAUUUUAGCUGAAUGCCAGUCCAGCCUGUGUGUGGGACAUGAGUGGCGAUAGAGCUUAUGUCUAGACAAAAUGGGAAUGAGAGGUCUUGGUGCCAAGUGCUGAUGUUAAAGCCAGUCAAACCUCUGCAUUCCUGUGGUAUGUAAUCUAGCUCUCUUUCUGUGUGUUGGUCAUAAUUCCUCGUGGAAACCAGCUCCAGAACAAUCUGCUCUGUGUACUCUGCCAGUCUGGAUAUGGUACCUUGUCCCCUUGCAAACAGAAGCUCUGGUGCACAGGCUCCUUGCUUCACAGAUCAGCAUGGAGUGGACUGAAGAGGGCGCACGGCUAGUGUCCUUUCCAUUAACCUUGGUGUCUCUUAGAAGAACAGCAGCUCAUCUUCUGCAGUAGGCUGCUUGCAUGUGGAAUGCCUUCUGGCUCAGGGGAGGUCUAGAUUUAAGGCCAGACUCCUCAAGCAAAAUGUUCUGAUAGGGCUGAGCCUCAUAGAUCAACACAGUUUACUAGAAAGGGUGCAUUUUAGUUCUUUUUGAAUAUAAGGCACAUACCAGGCAAAAAGAGCAAAGCAUUACUGUACAGUACUUGGAAAAUGUGGUCUCUGUUCUCAUGGCUCUGUCAAUUCCAUAACAAAGCAGUGUGGAAAGUACCUGUUUGCUGCCAGUCUGUAUCCUCUGCUUUUUGAUAUCACACGUUUCCAGUAGUACCUGAACUUCCUUACUUAGGAGAGGGCUAAAUGAUGUGGGUCCAGGAAAUAAGUGUUCCUUGCAACAAUUGGGCUUGGCUCUAUAUUUAUAAAACCUUGGCAGCAUCAAUGGUGAAGGAUAAAUCUUUCUAAAACCAAAUGUCGGUUAUUGCAGGCCCUCUUUAGAGUCAUUUGGGAAAGAGGAACAUGAGUCUUUUCUCCUUCCUUUAUAGCAGUCUUAUUUCUUAGCCCUUUCAUGCAUAGAAAUUCCUGUCUGUGUUACAUUGUCUGAAUAUAAGGAUGUGACAUUACAGUAGGGGGGUGCUCCCGAGGGGGUUCUUCCUCAUGUUGGAUCUUGCAAGUCCUAGAUGCCAACACCACUGUGGUGGUGUGUAUCGAUCCUUAAAACAGUGAAGGCCUGUGACUGUCCUGAAGCAGCUAUUUGUAAGUGGUUGUGUGUUUUCUUAAAAUUCGGGUUUGGCUUCAGAAAUGCUCACGUUUGUGGAGGAGGUGUGUUGUGUUACCUCUGAAGGUCACUGGCCAGCAGUCUCCAUCCAGCCCUGGGUGGUGGUACGUGGGGCCUCUAAGUCUUGGUGGCCGCACUUUUGAAUUAGGCAAGAACGGCUGCAGUCUGGGUCUGCUUUACUAGUCGAGUACAGCUAUGGCAUGUACUGCAUGGCCUUUGGUGUGGUUUCCUUUGGAGGAAGCUGUCUUGGUUUGGAAGUGAUGGAGUCUGAGACCCUCAGGCUGGUGAUCUGGAACCAGAGUUUUACAGUCUUACAUUGAGAAAUGCUUCCGAACAGGGAGGUUCAGUGCUAACCCUAUUCUCAAGCAACCACGCAAGCUUCAGGGGGAAGCAGGUCUUCUGAAAGUUUUUUAUGAUGUAUUUCUAAUCAACUUUGGACUGAAUUCACGUGCAUCGGGCCAUUCUUAACUCAUAUAGAUUACCACAUCUCUAGUUUGACACUUGCUCCUUUUCCUGGAAUAAGCCUUCUUGGUGCAGGAAAGCAGCACUUUCAUUCCAGAGCUAGAUUACUGCUGGAGUCAUCUAAAGCAAUUAUUUUUACCCAUUUUGGGCUGUGUUUUUUGGAUAGUGUUUAGUAGUAUACAAAUUAUAAGCACAUUUUUCAAAGGCAUAUAUUAAAGAGGCACCUUUUAUUUGUAUUAAUCACAUUUGAUAGACAAAUUGGUGCCUACAGUUCUUGGUAACUCAUAAGUGUCUCACUUUGGAUGUACAAACUGUUAACCCUUUCAAACUUACUAAAUAUGGCUAAAUAAAAAAGAUGCUUUGGAUAGAAAAUUAGCAGCUUAAUUACAGUACACUUAUCCCACAGUAAGUGCCCUCAUCCUCCUUAGAUGCAGAGUUGUUUGCUUUCCAAAGCUGAAACUUGAGCAUGAUCAACCAUUUUUUCUAAGUAAGGCAGUUUUGCAUGGCAGUUCUCUUGCUGUAUCCCAAAUGCAUGCACUUAUUAACUAUGCAAGCAUCUAAUAAAAACCAUAGACUGUGCUUUCAGUAUCAAAAGCUACUAGGUAGACUCUGGAGCGCUGUUUUGACUCUAGUUCUGUUUCUCAGUGCAGCUGCGUGUCAGCACAUAGGAGCAUGUACCUGGUUUCCUGCUUUCUUUGCACAUCUUUGAUUCUUUCCUUUGCAGAAUUCUGGAUUACUGACAAGACUGGAGUGUAGCGUAAUGUCAAAGGCGUUUGAAAUGUUGAAGUGAGAACAAACUGUUUUUCUGUAUUGUAUUGUUUUUUCUUUUUUUGAGUAGGGAUAACCUGCUCAGUGUUCUGUAUGUAGCCUGCCAUUUUCUAUGUAACUUAGUGACACACUCUAUGUUGUGAGAAGAGGCAGUCAUCUGUAGCAGUAUGAACACUCAAGAAAGAGUUUUUGUUGAAUUUCAGUGCUAAGGGAGCAGUUCCCAGUUGCCGGGGUAUUGCCUGUACUGGUAACGUGGGCUCCUGCCCGCCUUCCUGGGCGAAGAGCUGAAGUCCAGGACCCAGCCGUGUACGUUGGUGGUUUUGUUCCCUGUUCAUGCUCCAAAACCGUGGUGGCAUUUGCUUUUCUGAGCCGUGCUCCUGUCUGGCUGCAAAUACCAUCGUGGGUUGUUGUAUGUGCAGCACUGCUGGAGGCAGCGUGGGGCCAGCCAGGGCCAUGGUUUGGGUGGACUGGGAAGACUGGAGAGCUGCCAGUUCAGGGUGUCUUAUUGAGAGAGCGCGUUACGAAAAGCUCUCUUAAUGAGCAGCACAUUUUGCUGAGAAAACCUAAAAAGCCCAGGAUUCUUUCUGGGCUUGCCUGGCUGUGACCCCGGAGGAGAUAUUGCCUCUUAGCAGAUGUUGUUUUCAUAGCAGCAGCUGAAGUAGCCAGUACUGAGCAAUUGCUGCUUGUGUCUGGGAGACUUCUUGGGCCCCGUUCCUGUCGUGGCAUCUGUGCCAGAGCCCUGUCCCCCUCCCCGUUGAUCUGCAGUCAUGGAGAGCGUUUGAAAUUACAUUCCAAAUAAUUUUACUGUAGUUCUUUUUGUAUCUUUGUCGUUUUCCUACUAAUCCAAAAUAAUUUGGCAGUAUCUAAUGUUAUCUGUGGAGGCAACUGAAAUUUAGUUUUAAUCUGUGGUGAGAUGAAAGUACUACAUGGUUUUCUUAAUAAAAGCACCAUAAAGCAUUUACUAUUAGGAGCUUUACUUUGUAAAAUAAAGGUACACGAAGACUUGUACAAUAUCUAUAUUAGGUCUAAAGGUUUAGGAAGUCUAUUUUUUUAAAGGCGAUAGCACUCAAUUUAUCUGCAAAUAGUGUUUUUUAAAAGACACAGAUUAAAACUAAGUGUAAACACAAAUUCUAUUUCACUCUAGGCCCUGCAGCACAAACAUGUUGCAAGAAAGUUAGCGUUAGGAUUGUAUGGCAUUUGUGCAGUGCAAUAAGAAAACAUUUCUAGGUGCUACAUUGCCUUGGGUAGGGUGACACAAGGGAAUACAGGCUACAAGUGGCUAGAUUAUUUUCUUGUGGCCUUCCAAGUAUUAAUUUGUACAGAUUUGCUCACCAACUGUGCCUCACCAUUGGUUAAAAUUGAAUUUUAAGUCCUAUUACAAAUGCAGUUUCUCUUCUGGACACAAUGUCAGAUUUUACACUGGAAUAUCUACAGUUCUAAAAACUGCAUGUCACAUCACUGUACACUGAUACUGGGACGUGGGGCUUGCCCACACCUUUGAUAUUCUCUUCUGUAUUUUAAUGUUUUUGAACUGUACAGUAAUCUGGAAAGCAGGCUGUCUUUACUUGGGAUUGAACAUUGUACCAUAAAUUUUAAAUUAUUUGAGGACAAGUGCAUGAGACUGUGUCAAUGCCUUUUAUUAUUUAUUUGUAUGUUUUAUUAUUCAAGGUGUAUGCACUUUUAAUAUGCAGAAUUUAUAUUUUUAUGUUAAAAAUCAUUUUCUUUCAGAAAGAAGAGUUUGAAUAUGAGGAAUUGGAAUUAAGUGAAAAAGGGGAAUAUGUAAUAAAAUAUAAUAAAUUUAUUACUAGGCA